GGUAGACCGUAUUACAUUUAACAUUAUACUGUCUGCCGGCAUAUACAGAUAUUUGCAUUGCACCUUGUAUUUUGUACAGUAUGUUGGCGGUGGUGAUUCGGCACUGCGUUGUCACUUGGCAGUGACCAGGAUGGUUGGUAUCGUGCUUUCCGCCGACUGCACCGGCAACGACGCGACACCGAGCUGAGAACUGCAGCAGCGCGCGGACACUUGCCAGCAGCUUGUUGAUUGUUUACUCCGGUUGCUGCAUAAUACAGCGGUGUAUUCCGGGGCAUCCAGCUAGUCGCGCAAGCUGCCCACGAUGGGCCAGUACUGCUGACGACUGCUGGCACACUAGCUGCACACUUCCGACGCACUGGAUCAUUUGGACGGAUAGCUAAUAUUCGUAAUCCGCUGAUUGAUAUUCCACAUUCGCUGGCCUGGCAUCAAUCCAUCACUCGUGGCGUGUAGUGUUAUGAGCCGGCGCUGUGCCGUCCUGUACCGGCCAGUCGUGUUGCGGGGAGUGAGCGCAUGCCGGUGGCGGUUAUUCGUGUCCAGUGUGCCGGUGCCGGGCCUGCUGCUGCAGCUGCUCAUCGGCGCCGUCUCCGUUGUGUCCUUGCAAAGCAGCGCCACCGUCCUGAGUCCCCGUUGCGGCAGUACCCUGCGCUCGGCCUGGGGCAACCUGACCUACCCGGCCGACUUCCCGCAGCGGCCCUACGUCUUCGGCCUGAAAUGCCGCUGGACCAUCCGGCUCCCCUCUCCCACCGGCCAGGUGCGCGUGACCUUUCCCUACCUGGUGCUGCGGCCCAUGGACUUCUUGCUGGUGGCCGAUCCCGCCGUGAUCGGCGCUAGUCGCGUCUGCUCCCCUCCCCAUGACAGCGCCGCCACGCAGACGGCGGACGCCCCACUGACCACUCGCGAUCUCUCGCCGACGACGGCGCCACCGACCAGCAGCGUACUGUUGUAUCGCGGGGCGGAAGCCGGCAGCGGCCCGCCCGACGCCGAGGUCAGCUUCACGGCGCCGGGAGCGUCCGUGGUGGUGGAGCUGUGCCCCAGCGCCUUCCCUUUGGGCGUCACCAAGGGCCUGGGCCUCAUCUUCCUGUGGGAGGACGCCAGCAACGCCGACAACGCCAGCGCCCACGCCGCGCUGGAUUACGACGUGCCCAGCUUCUUCCCGCCCAACCUCACCGGCCUGCCAGCAAACUGAUUCUCCUUCCGCUUUACUGGACGCCUGGCGAUCAUUCCGGGUUAAAAAUCUGCGCCUGUUUUAUACAGUUAAUAACAUUUAUUAUCUGCAGCCUGCGCAUGCA